AUGAGUUGUUUCAGCUGUUGCGAAGAGGAUGAGUACCAUAAGGCUGCUGAAAGUGGUGGACCAUAUGUUGUAAAAAAUCCUGCUGUUAAUUUGACUCAUAUAAGGAAUGAUGGAAAUUAUCAUGCUUUUGAGAUUGCAAAACAGGGAGCUCAGGCUGUUAAAGUGCAGCCCAUUGAAUUUCCUGAGAUACAGGCAGAUGAACUGAAAGAAAGAGUAAAAAUUCAUGUUGGGGCUGCAAGAGGGCUUAAAUACUUGCAUGAGAAAGCUGAUCCCCAUAUUAGUCACGAGGACAUCAAGUCAAGCAAUGUGCUGAUCUUUGAUGAUGAUGUUGCUAAAAUUGCAUAUUUUGAUUUGUCAAAUCAGGCUCUAGACAUGGCUGCACGUCUUCAUUCCACCCAUGCUACACUUAAACUCAGUAAGGAUAAGGUCAGACAGUGUGUUGAUACAAGACUAGGAGGAGAAUACCCAUCAAAAGUUGUUGCUGGGAUCCAAUGGCUCCGAAUCAACAUAGCUUUUGCACGUUCAAUUCCUGAUUCAAUGUCAAAUUACAAUAGUCUCCUGGUGGAGGACAACUUAAGAGCUCAAGCAACAGAUAGGAUUUUGGUGACUGCACCAUUGAAGGACUGCAAUUUAGAACACCGGGUCCUUUCUUAA